AUGGCAUCGACCAGCUCCGGAUUUGAAGCGACGGAAUCUGAGACUCUAUUCGGGUCAUAUGAGGAGGUUCUUCGGGCUCGGUCUUCUGGCCAAGGAGAGGCCGAUGAUGCUCAACACACUGCGUUACGCUUUAGCGGCCGUCUUUUUGACAUCACUGAGCACUGGGACUCACACGAUGAGCCUGGUGAGGUCAUUCCCACUGGACAGCCGCCCAAGACCGCGGCUCGUUCCAUGCAUCGAUAUAGCGAGCAUUCUUUGCUAGUACGCCGGAUACAGCUCCCUCAACAGGAGCAAAGGAUGCAGCUAGAGAUUCAGUCUAGUUCCCUUCAGCAUGUAUUCAGAGAAAUCACUGGCCGUCUCCACUCGAUCAAUGUCAUGGCAGACCCAAUCAUUAUCAAAGCGCCAUUUCACGAGCUGUAUUAUUUCCGUGCAGAGUUGGAAGAGAGGAGGACGAAAGUGGCGAAUGCGGAUCUAAGGCAAGAGUUGAAGCUUUUCAAAGAUUUUGAAAAUGAACACCUCUCUCGAACCCUUAACAUGAAGCAGAUUGCUCAUCACCAGAAACAUGGUACCAUAACCUACGAGUACCUCUGGUCCAUUUUCAAGCCGCAUGAGUUCAUACUCCUUCGAAGCCAAAUCACGAACAAUCUUACCCUCUUAUCUUGCGGCAUGAUGCAGAAAUUCUGGAUCAACGCAGACACUGGCGAGUGGUGGAUACAAAUCAGAUGUAUGGGAUACAACGGCCAGCAAUUCGGGCCGGUCGAGACCAACUUCAAAUUCCAGCCGUUUCCUGGCGUCAAGAACAUUCGAGAUCUGCCUGCAUACCCGUUGUCAUACUGCCCAAAGAUCGCAGAUAUCAAGGCGGCACUUCUUGAGAGGGGCAAGGGAUUCAUCAGGCUCUGCCAAGGCGAUGAGCAAACUGAUGUUCCAGGCAAAUUAAGUGGCUGUCUGCGUGACUAUGAUGGGCCAGUCUGGGUUCAGCGGGAGAAUUGGAAGAAGAAUGGCAUGGAAUUCUUCGAUGAUCCUCAUGAUACGGCACGUAUCAGUGGUCGCGUGCUCGUGGACCCGGCCGGGUUCAUGAAUGAAAAGCCUAUAUUCAGAGAAAAAGUCAUCACGUCAGAAGAACUGGGCAGAAUACCGGCGAUGAGGAUCUCUGAAUUUAGUGAAGAUGAACUCAUGAUGUUUCCUGCGAUGAUCGCCGGCUAUUCCCUCACUGAGAAACAUGUUGGGUAUUUCGACGUGAGCAGCUUCAAAGACGUCACCUGGGAACGCGAGGAAGCACAGCACCUGCAUGAUACGUCUCCAAUCACAAGACUCCUUCUGAACAUUACCUCUGGCUUCCGGUAUACUUCUUCUGCCUUUGGGUAUUCGAUCCAACGCAAGGGUCAAGGCUUAGUGCUCUUGUUUCAUGAGCGGCCCGGGACCGGCAAGACGCUUACAGCAGCCGAAUACCUCAAUCGACCUCUUUAUCGAGUCAAUGCAGCCGAUAUGGGCUCUGGGAUCUACCAGGUCGAGGAGAACCUACAGUCAGCAUUUCGAAGAAUUUCUCGCUGGAAUGCCAUUCUCUUACUUGACGAGGCAGAUGCCCUCAUGUCAAGUCGUGGCGAUAAUACUGAAGAUAACACAUUAGUCUCGGGUGCGUUUUAUUUUUGCUGCGACUCCUAG